ACCGCUGUGGGAAGACCUGGGGCAGAAGUCAGGUGAGGUGCUCAGUUUGGCCUGCUGAGUGUGAGGGUCCCACAGGAUAUGCAAGAAGCUGCUGGACCCCCAGGGCCUGUGGCUUGGGGCAGGGCCUGAGCUGCAGGGUUUUGGGUGUCAGUAGCUGGAGGUAGGAGCUGAGGGGGACCAGGAGGAGAGCAGAGGCCAGUGUGAGCAUGAGACCUUGACCAUAGGUGACAGAGGCAGGACUGGAGAGAGGUUAGGGGAAUAGGGGUGGGAGUGCCACCAGACCCCAGAUUGAGCUUCUUACCAGGCCUCAUUUCCACCCCUCCUCCAUCCUGUAAAAUACCUGAGGAGAGUGUGUAAGUGGGAGUGGGGGCUGUCUCUGGAGGCCUGCUCCAGCUUGCUGUCUCUUGGUUCCAGAAUGCUCUGGGGCUUGACCCGCCUCCCUCACAGCACAUCCCAAAGCCAUGGGUGAUUCCAGUGCCAAAGGAGACCCUACAGCGCAUCUUUGGGACCAGCCAGGUGUUCCGGAACUUUGAUGAUAUAAAACCAAAGGCUGCAGGGUUAACGGUGCCCCUCAAAGUCAGGGAGUAGUGAGUGAUUACCUUGCCAUGGGGUCCCAGGUUCCUACCCUGCACAGCCACUGACAUGCUGUGCAGCCUUGGGCCAGUUUCUCUCCCUCCCUGAGCUUCAGCGAUCUCAACUGUAUAAUAGGGCUCUUCCACCUCAGCAGAUAAAAGGCUGCUGGCCCGGAUGAGCUCCAAGAAUGUCAGCCUCCUCUCCCUGGGUCUCUGUCUACCCCUCUUGCCUCCCUACCCAAGUCCCCCUCCUCCCAACCCGUUCCCGAAGCCCCAGCUGUAUGCCCUGGACUGGUCCCAAGUCAGGGCCAGCCCCUCCGCCUGUGCCCCCUGCCCCUGCAGCUACCAUCGAGGCCAUCAGUGCUUGGAGCAAGAAGACUGGGAGGUGGCUGUGCUGUUCUUCUCCCGCGGCCUCUACCUGGACUCCCAGCUGGUAGAAUUCUAUGCCCUGAGAGCCGAGGCCUACAUCCAGCUCUGCGACUUUUCCUCAGCUGUCCAGAACCUUCGAAAGGCCUAUGCCUCCCAGCCAGAAAACACGGGCUGCCUGGAGCGGCUCACCUUGGUGCUUUACCUGAAGGGCCAGUGCCUUUUCGAGCAAUGCGCCUUUCUGGAUGCCCUGAACGUCUUCUCUCAAGCCUCUGAGCUCCAGCCUGAGAAAUUCUGCUUCCGUUGUCGAUGCAUGGCCUGUCUCCUGGCCCUCAAACGGCAUCGUGAAUGCCUCUCACUCGUCACCGAGGAGGUGAAGCGUGGCACCACCAAUGCCGAUGUCUACAUCCUCCGGGCCAGGCUCUACAACUUCUUCCAUCAGCCCAGACUCUGCCAUCGAGACCUACACAGUGCCUUGCUACUGGAUCCCAAGCACCCACAGGCCAAGGUGCUGCUCAAGGUGAUGGUGGGCCAGGCCCAAGAGGCACGCCAAGAUGCCGGGAUCCUGGCCGUGCAGGGCAAGCUACAACAUGCGCUGCAGUGUAUCAACUGUGCCAUCGAGAACAACCCUCUGGACCCCAGCCUCUUCCUCUUCCGGGGCAUCAUGUACCGGCGGCUCCGGGAGUUUGACUCCGCCGUGGAGGACUUCCUGAAGGCGUUGGACAUGAUGACCGAGCCCCAGGAGGACCUGGCGCAGCAGACGCAGCGCCAACUGCUGUUGGCCUACAACGACUUCGCGGUGCACUGCUACAUGCAGGGCGCCUACCAGGAGAGCGCGCUGCUGCUCAGCAAGGCGCUCAAGGACGAGCAGCGGGAGAAAGGCCUCUACAUCAACCGCGGCGAUUGCUUCUUCCAACUGGGCAACCUGACUUUUGCUGAGGCGGACUACCAGCAGGCGCUGGCGCUGAGUCCGAAGGACGAGGGCGCCCACUUGCGCAUGAGCCUGCUGCAGGAGAAGUUGGGCUUCUGCGAGCAGAGGAGAAGGCAGUUCCAGAAGGCAGAGAACCGCUUCUCAAUGGCCAUCCAGCACAAUCCCCAGAAGCCCGAGUACUACCUGUACCGCGCCAGGAGCCGGCAGCUCAUGCAGAACAUCUUUGGGGCCCGUCAGGACGUUGCCACUGUCCUGCUCCUUGACCCCAAACAACCGAAGCUGCUGCCACUGAUGACCAACCUCUUCCCCGGCAUGUCAGUGGAGGAGGUGCUUAACAGCCAGGUGGCCCACCUGGCCAGGCUGCAGCUGGAGCGGGUGGUGGAGCACAGCCUGCAGGCCGGCACCCCUCAGGAUAUCGUGGGGCAGCUCAAGGAGCGGGAACUAGAGCGCCAGAGGGCCCGGGCCCUGCAGCUUUCGUGGAAGCUGGAGCAGCCUUCGUUCGAGACCUCCAAAGAGCUAGAGGCCACUCACCAGUCCCUGCAGGCAAAGCCAGAAGGCCCAGAGGAAGAGGCCAAGGCCCCCGGGGAGAAGGAGGAGAAGCUGGAGCCGGCCCCCAGCAAGGAGAGCUCCCUGACCGACAGCUACAUCAGCCAGACCUCCUCAGGCUCCAGCUUGGGCUUCAGGACCAGGUCCACCUCAGAGACGGAGACGUCCACCGUCUGCCAGGAAUACGGGAGCACUUCGACCACUGUGGCAACAUUCUCUGACUCCUCACUGUUAAGGACACAGUCCUCAGACUCGGGGGACCAGAGGGAAGACCUAUGCCUGAGCCACAGCCCCAGAAAAACCAAGUCCCCCCCAGGCCACAGCCCGAGGCCCAGCGAGCCUGAGGCCAUCCAGGUCCAGAGCCAGAGGCCCAGCAAGACUGAGGCCACCCGGAGCCCGAGGCCCAGCGGGACUGAGGCCACCCGGAGCCGGAGGCCCAGCGGGACUGAGGCCACCCAGGGCCACAGCCAGAGGCCCAGCAGGACCGAGGCCGCCCUCAGCCAGAGGCCCAGCAGGACCAAGCCCGCCCAGGUCCAGAGCCAGAGGCCCAGCAGGACCGAGGCCACCCGGAGCCCGAGGCCCAGCGGGACUGAGGCCACCCAGGGCCAGAGCCAGAGACCCAGCAGGACCGAGGCCACCCGGAGCCCGAGGCAAAAGCUCAACAGGACUAAGGCCACCCAGGGCUCAAGGCAGAGGCUCGGAAAGGCCAAGGGUGCCUAUGGCCAGAGCUGGAGACCCAGAAAGGCUGGUGACACCCAGGACUGGAGCUGGAGACUGAUCCAAAGUCCCAGCAAGAUCAAGACUUUCUAUGACCCAAGUUGGAGCCCCUGCAACACUGAGGCCACCGAGGGCCAGGGCCAGAGCCAGAGGCCCGGCCAGUCCAAGGCUGCCCAGAGCUGGAACCAGAGCACAAGCCCAGGUUCCGGCAAGACCAAGGUCACCUGGGGACUGAGCCCAAGUCUCAGCAACACGCAGACCACCCACGGCCUGAGACAGAACCCCAGCCCCGGCAGUUAGGCUGCUCUCUGAAGGGGCCGCUCAGCC